AAGUCUCCCAUCUCCAACCAAAACCCACACUCAAACUCUCAAAAGCCAAAACGACCAAAAUGGCCACCGUCGUCGACAUCACCUCCAAAGCCCAAUUCGACGAACUCGUCAAAACCACGCCCUACGUCGCCCUCCAGGCCCACGCCUCCUGGUGCGGCCCCUGCAAGGCCAUCUCGCCCUUCUUCAGCAAGCACGCCGGCAGCCUCGGCAGCGAAAAGUAUGCCUUUGCGCGCUUCGACACCGACGACGUCGCCGACCUGGCCGUGGAGCUCGGCAUCCGCAGCAUCCCCGCCUUCUUCUUCUUCGAGAACGGCGAGAAGACGGAGAACCUGACGGGCGCGAACCCAAAGGCGCUGGAGAAGCUGACGGCGGAAAUUGGCGAAAAGGCCAAGAGCGAGGGACAGCUUUCUACCAACGAGGACUUUUAAAUCAAGAAAAACAAUAUACAAACCCGAAAACCGAAGAACGCAGAGGAGGAUACAAAUUUGACAUGGCAAAAUGAGGGAAUGGAAAAGAAAAUACUUGCUUCAGAACAAGUCACAUAAAGAUGAAGCUACCCAUCUUCUGGUUUUGCUUUUGAGAGGAUACCCCAAAGCUACAGAAUGCAAAGUAGAAGAUAAUACAAAACAAAUCUCAUUAGAUCCG